CCUGAUAAUCAUUCAUAGUAUAGGCUACUUAGCUUGUGUUCAGACGUAACAUAGAACGAUAACGUUACGCUACACUACACCCACGUUGUCCGAGGACUGAGCUUUAAAUUACCGGCAUACCACAAACAGUUCAGUACACCACUGACUGUAGACAUUUAAACACUACCACGACAUCGUAUUCAGUAAUUUUAAUAACUCGACAAGAUGAUUCUCAGCAGUGUUAACUUGAUCAAAAAAAGUCAUUGCCAUACUAAUAACCACAACAACAACCAUCAGUUCAGUGAUUUUAUCCUUGGCAAGAUUAAAGAGGACCAGGAUAAACGGGAGAAGAAAUGUGCAGGCACUGCUCCCUACGGGUCCAGGCACGGAAAACAGAUAAAGGAAGGAAAUGGGCCCGAAAAUGAAAUUACAAACAGUUCCCCCAAAACAGGUUCCGUAGAGAAGGGCGUGACGUCUACAGUGACCAUACAGACGAGUGACCAGUACUAUUUCACACUCCGUCUCGAAAGAGAUACGCUCUUCCUGGCCGAUACGGAAUCUUCAUGCCAGACAUGUGUGUUCAGACAACGACUCUACAAAGACACAGAACAGAGACAGCUAGCCGUGUUCCAGACACUAUCAGACAGCUCAAAGUACAUCAACGCGGACGGGGAUCGCAAACUGUCCAUUUCGGCGUACGCAAAGCAACCCGACCCAGAGAAUCCAGACGAACGAUUCUUUGUCAUCUACAGAGUAGAAAACGGAAGCGUCUUUCUUCAACCCUACUCACACAAAGGAUACUACAUGCAUCACAUCGAUAACUGCCUCUCAGUUCGCAAGCUAGAAAUCAAUCUGCGCCCACCGGAGCAGUAUUUCUUUCAUGUUAUGGAAGCUGAGGUUCCGGAAGUUGUGAUGUCGAGCGUAGCAAAAGCGGAAAAUUUGAAAAACCUGCGAAACGAACUUGUUCCAUCAGACAGAAGACAUCGAGAAAAAAUAUUCACCCGGGAACGAACAGUUCAAAAGCCAGGACUAUUUUUCGGAUGCUUCGGUGUCCGCUCAAAGAAAUCCCAUGCGGAUAAAAAGGUCAAAGUUCAUCGAUGAAAUAGGUGUUUUCAUUUAUGAAAAAUAGCAAAAAACUGAGACGUGGUCUCUUUAACAGAGAACUAAGUAUCACCCAAAGAUACAUAUGGCUUCCCUUCAUAGGGACCGAAAGCUAUACAAACGUGUCUGCGCAUGCUCAGUGAGUGAACAUGCGCAAAAGAAAAUGACAUGCCAAAGACGGUUGUGAUUUGAAGCAGAAACUAGGAUGAUUUUUGUGUCCAUUAAUGACUAACCAAGGCGAGGCGGUGAUUGAUCGCGUGUGAUCAAAGUUCCAGAGACAUUCAGUGACAUGUGCAAUAGACAUCAUUCCAUAUUAUUAUUUGUGAUCACAUUUAUUUGUAACAUUUCACCUUUAUAAUCGUAAUCUCAAGGUCAUCUUCAAAUCAGGACGGCGCCAUUAUAAAGUUCUGUUAAGAAUGCGCUUUUUGUAUACAUCCUGAUAUAAUCUAGAAAGGUGUCAAACUCAACGAAGAUUGCUGCCACAGUAAUGUAUAUUUUUUGCAAUUGUGCGCGUACCUUCAUACUGUUUGUUUAAAGAUGACGUUGCCAUUCCAGUAAGUUAUGUUUUGUGUGUAUAUCCUAUGGGUUUAGUACUGUAACGGACAUGGAGACAAUGUCUUCUGUGAUAAUGGUAGUUUUAGCUUUUAGACCAUUCCGAGAUAAGUAAUCCUGGAAUAUCAAUAGGUAGACAUUAAUGAUGACGUUUGACUAGCAUAAGUCACAUAUCUUGCCAUGCUCUGCCUUGACAAAAGGUUAAUAAGAUCUUACAUGUUCUUUUAAUCUUGAAUACAAAAAAGAAAGUAGGUUAGAAUAUUUUUUAUAAAAGUAAAACAAUAAAGUUAUUAUUUGUUUACAUGUGCAUUGACAGUGAUAUUAAACCGGACGUGUUGUACGUCACCGGUUAUUAAGUCACAUUAUAAUUUUACAAUCAAGCCAUAUUUUUCAUGUGUUAAAAAAACCUAAUAGUUACCGAAUGGAUAAAAAAAACACCGAAAAGUUACCUCGGUGAAGGUGAAGGUCAACUAAUGAGUUCAAUAAUCAACGUUGUUAUAAGCUUUAUUACAGAGUGUUUGUAAGCUAUACAAGAUCAAGUGUAUAAGAGUUGAUAAAUACCUGGGUUUGGUUCUUUAAUAGAUUAUGGUUAGAGUAAAACAUAUUACUGUCAAAUCUGCUGCUUCCAUAAUUUGGACAUCAUGUAUACAUAUAUAUAUAUAUAUAUACAUAUAUUGGUGGCUUACCCGAGCACAAUAUCCUAAAUAUUAUUCCAGAAUUAAGACUAGCUCAGUUUACCCAGACAGCCAUGUUAAAUGCUAUUUGAUAUUAAGCAAAAAAUUCAGAUUAACCCUUUCAUCCUUUUGUAACUUUAGUAAACUCUUCCAUGUAUUGAUCUGGAUUAGUCCAUUAUGGCCCAUAGUGGUGAAAAGGUUAACGGUUUACGACUAAACUCGUGCGUUUUACUCGUAUUUGUAUCUACCUAAAGUUUCGAUUAGUGCAUUGGACCUGUAGGGAGGUUUUAAAUCUAAUUAGCAUCUAAUAUAGGGACACUUGUUUUUACCAAUUUGUUUUCGCGGAUAGAUACAAAAGAUCGAGUUGUUUUUUAAUAUUAUUUUUUACAUACUAAAAGUAGUCCCUGCCUUAAUUUCUACAUUGUUUCGCAAAAGAAAAGCGCUUUUAUUGAUGAUUACAUACCCAUCAGACAUCAUGUUUGUUCCCUUAAAGUAUUAUGCAAUCAAAAAGGACAAUCUGUGAUCGUAACAACUGGUUGACGGUCAGUGACGUUGACGUUCAUCUUGACCUAAACCAUAUCCAAAACUUCGAUAGACAAGUGAAUGAAAGUUGGUGUUUUUGAUAUUUUGUAGAAUUAAGCAAGAAACAUAACAAGGGAUCUUAGCUAUUGUGACUGUGUAAAUUAUGUGUUCUGUUUCGUCCUGUUUAAAUCUCAGACAUUUUCAUUAUUUAUUUGUCAGAAAGACAAUGUUUUCCCAUAAUUUAUUGCUUUAACUUUAUAAAUGUUGGUACAAGGAAGAAAGGAAAAUGAUAUUUCUUUGAUUUCUUUGUUUUAUUAAUAAAAUAUUAAAA